AUGUGUUCGAAGGUGGGGAAGUUCGCAACGCAGGGCCGGCCGGAGGUCAGGGAGCCCGGAAGGCGCUGUGCCUGCUGCUCUGAGCUUGGUCUGAGGCUCGGCGUGGUUGCCCUCUGGCCUGACUCUCUCUCGGGGCCGGGAGGGGCGCCCGUGCUCGGGUCCCACCUUCGCCCACAAACUCCUCUAGCGACGGCGACAGCGCAGAUGUGUCGGAUUCAGGGCCCUGUGACCUUUGAGGACGUGGCUGUGUACUUUUCCCAGGAGGAAUGGAAGCUUCUUGAUGAGGCCCAGAGACUCCUGUACCGCGAUGUGUUGCUGGAGACCUUUGCACUUGUUGCAUCAUUGGGUUGUUGGCAUGGAGCAGAGCACAAGGAGAUAACUUCUGAGCAUAAUGUUUCUGUAGAAGUGCCACGAAUAAAUACUUCAAAGACAGACCUGUCCAUCUGGAAGUCCUAUCCCUGGGAGAGGUGCUGCCUGGCCUUAGACAGUAGUUUGUGUGUAGCUGAAGACCUGGGAACAAUUCCUGGCCAGAAACUGUGUGUGUCAGGUGUGAAAUUUCACCAGCACCGUGGAGGGAAACUCUUUAAAAGAGACAUGGGUAAGGCCUUUAUGAGGAGCCACAUAGUCCAUGCAUCCAAGAACUCUUUCACAUGCCAGGAGGCUGGGAAGGAUUUCCAUGGUAGCUCUAGCCUUCUCCAGCACCAGGUCACUCCACAAAAGGAUGCCAAGUGUGCAGAGGCCUUUCACAAUGGACAUAGCCUCUAUAAAUACUAUGUAUGUGAGAAAGCCUUCAGCUGCAAACACAAACUGGCUCAUCACCCGAGUGUCCACACUGGAAAGAGGCCUUACGAAUGCAGUGAAUGUGGGAAAACCUUCAGCUUUAAAGGGAUACUUCUUAAGCACCAGAGAAUCCACACUGGAGAAAGGCCUUAUGAGUGCUGUGAGUGUGGGAAAGCCUUCAGCUGGAAAAGCUCGCUCAUUCAGCACCAGAGAGUCCACACCAGAGAAUGGCCUUAUAAGUGUAGCGAAUGUGGGAAAGCCUACAAACACAAAAAUUCACUUGUUAAGCACCAGAGAGUCCACACUGGAGAAUGGCCUUAUAAGUGCAGUGAAUGUGGGAAAGCCUUCAGACACAAAAAGUCACUUGUUCACCAGAGAGUCCACACUGGAGAAUGGCCUUUUAAGUGCAGUGAAUGUGGGAAAGCUUUCAGACACAAAAAGUCACUUGUUCAGCACCAGAGACUCCAUGUUGGAGAACUGCUUUAUAAGUGCUGUGAAUGUGGGAAAGCCUUUAUUUCUAAAGUAAACCUUUUUCGGCACCAGAGAGUCCACACUGGAGAAAGACCUUAUGAAUGCAGUGAAUGUGGGAAAACCUUCAUUUAUAAAGACAGUCUCGUUCGGCACUGGAGAGUCCACACUGGAGAAAGGCCUUAUGAGUGCAGUGAAUGUGGAAAAGCCUUUAGUCGCAAAGACUCACUUGUUAAGCACCAGAGAGUCCACAAUGGAAAAUAGCCUUAUAAGUGUAGUGAAUGUGGGGAAACUUUUUUUUUUUAAUAUUUAUUGAUUGAUUGAUUGAUUUAGCUGUGCUGGGUCUUAGUUGCGGCACCUGGGAUCUUUGAUCUUUGUUGUGGCAUGCAGGAUCUUUAGUUGCGGCAUCUUUAGUUGAAGCCCCUGGGAAAACUUUUAAAUAGCAACCCACUCACACUUGUUUGGCACCAGUGAAUUCACAUUGGAGAAAGGCCUUAUGAACGCAGUGAAAGGAGAAGUUCUUUAGCCAAAGCUCCAACCUUAUUGUACACCAGAGAAUUCACACUGGAGCAAAGACUUAUAAGGGCAGUGAGUGUGGGAAGUGAUUUAGCCAAACUACUCUCGUUUUGCACAAGAGAGUUUACACUGGGGAAAGGCCUUAUAAGUGCAUUGAAUAUGGGAAGCAUUUUAGUCAAUACUCCACUGUCAUUAAGCACCAGAGUUCACACUGGAGAAAAACCAUAUGAGUGCACUGUAUGUGGAGGAUUCUUCAGCCAAAACUCCCAACUUACUCAACACCAAAAAGCUCAUGCUACAGAAAGGCAUCACCAGUACAGCAAAUGUGGAACAUUUUUCUGUCAGAGUCUGCUCUGACUGAGCACCAGAAACUUAACAGGCCAGAUGGAUCCUGUGAGCACAGUGAACGUAAGAAAGCUUUCAGCAGAAGGUCUAACCUCAUUCGUCACCAGAAACUUCCUACUGGAGAAAGGCCUUCAAAUGAGAUGAGGAGAGCUUUGAAUGAGCUGUCUCCUUAGUUAGUACAUCAUACUGAAUAGGCUCUGUGAGGGAGUCAUCAACUGGAAGUUGAAUGCCAUACAUCUGAACAGCCCUAGUGUGCAGAUUGCCUAUGAGUACCAGGUUCAUAGGAAGCUUUUAAGGAGCUAUGCUCUACUUCUAACCUGUGCAGGGCCCUUGCCAUACUUAAUGUCACUGUGAGUUUCUUAUCUCUAAGAAAGAUCCCAAUACUGGGAAUCAGUCAUCUCAGUGUGAUCAGGGUAGGUCAGCUUUUGUGCUCUCCUAUCCCUUGUAGAAAAGCAUGGAUACCCUGAGCACUUGGGUUUUGUCAUUCUCUUAGUUCCUGUCAACUGCCUAUGACAGGACCAAAGCAGCUUUGAUCAUGGGGAUCCCGUCCAGUUUCUCCUGGUGGCUCACAGUGGUUUGCCUUCUUUGGUGGCAUUGUCUAAUACCAUGCUGAUGGUGGAUUUUAUUUAAGUCCAAGUCACCCUGUUUGGGAAUUAUCUGCCUCAGUUUUUCUGCUCUAUGCCAUAAUAAAGACUAUUAUUUAAGCCACCUUUCAUCUUGGGGUUUGUUCACUGUUAGACUGAUGUUGAGAACCAAAUUGGACUGUCAGGAUGAAGAGGAACAGGUUUUGUGGGUGUUCCAAAGUUUGUAUACCUCACUGUGGAUAGUAACAUGGCGGAAAAUAGCUUCCACUAAUUUGAAUUGUUGUUGAAGUCCUCCUGGGGUAGACUGCAGGGCUCUGUGGGACUAAUGUUGUGACCUGGGUGUCAGAAGUUUUGGUGGGCACCGAGAUCACCCUGUGAUGAGGACAGUUGUGAGAACCACCAGUGAUUUUUGGAGCAGUAUGAAUGGUUCUCUUUUUCACAUGGGAAGUCACAUCAUGCCUCCAGUACUGUUCAAGAGAAGAAGUUCUCUAGGUCCAGCUGGAAAAGAGCCAUGUGCCAUUAUGUCCACGUGUGCUAUGAUGUCCGCAAUGUGGUAGCUGGUGUUCCUGAGUGUUAGAUUACAGAUAUCAGGAGGGAACCAUAUUUGGUACAGAAACACUCUGGGAAUUAAUAGGGUGUGAGAGACUAGCAACAAGAAGGGAUGAGCCUUUUCUAAAGCUGCAUCCACGAAUGUUCCCAUGACUAUGGCUGUUUAGGAUAAGGUUUUUGCAGAAAUUCUCAGGAGCUACAGAGCUAUUUCUCUCCCCCGAGCCCCCAGUCUGUGUCAGACUGAAUAACGUAAAGGUUGUAGGAUUCCCGUAGCGUCUGCAAAUUUUUUAUCUGAAGCCCAUUGCUGCACAGUGAAAACAAUGGGGAAUGAGUAGAAAUCAUGUAGUUCAGGCAUGUGAAUUUUAGAACCCAGGCAGAGUUCCUGGAUAACUUAAGUGGAAACACGUUUUAUUGCUCGCCAGUCUUCAUUGCUGCUGUGACAGAAUCCCCUCAUGAGAGUAGGAGAGAUGAUGGAAUUGAGCUGUGGUUGCCACAGUUCUACUGAAAAGAGAUUCAGAAAAGAGGUUCAGAUUUUUAUGUGAAACCAAUUCCUAUUAAAAUUUAGUUGAGCUGUAUAGUUUGUGUGCAUUGAAAUAAACAUACCUAAAAUGUACAGCUUGGUAAAUUUUAAUACUUCUAAAGCCAUGGAAUCAUCAUCAUAGUAACAAACAUCCAUCAUUCCCAUAUCAACUUCUGACAUCUCUCCCAGGACUCUCAGGUAGCUAGUAUUGACUUACUUUUUUUUUUUUUUUUCCCAGCUAUGCUGCACAGUUUGCGUGAUCUUAGUUCCCCAACCAGGGAUUACACCUUGGCUGUGGCAGUAAAAUCACAGAUUUCCAAUCCCUGGACUGCCAGGGAAGUCCUUUGAUUUACUUUUUUCCCAUUCAAUUAGCUAGUGUUUUCUAGACUUUUAAUAUCACUGUGAUCUUAAUGUUUACUUUUGUAUUUGUUUUCUUCUUUCACAAUGCAUAAUUAUAUUGAGAAUCAUCUAAUUUGUCUCCAUGAAGAGACCAUUUUUUUAAUACCUGAAAAAUGUACUGUUUAGAUAUACCACAAUUUGACUGUUUAUCCAUCUCUCUGUUAAAGGAUGAGGUUUUGUGGUUUGUUUCCAGUUUGGCUAUCACAGAUAAGCUUACUAUGAACGUGUACAUAAAAUUCUUUAUAUGAACAUAGGGAUUCGUAUUCUAAAGUGAAUGACUGUACCCAUUUGCAUUCCCAUCGACAGUAUGGGGGCAUUCCAGUUCCCCUAUAUUCCUCACCAGAACUAGGUUGGUAUGGUCAGUAUUUUUAAUAUUAUCUGUUUUUAAAGUGUGGAGAUGUAUCUCACUGUGGUCUGAUUGCAUUUCCCUAGUGAUUCAUGAUGUUGAACAUUUUUGUGUUCAUUUACCAGGUGUAUGUCUUCUUUUUAGUAAGUAAGAAGACAAUAAAUGUGUUGGAACUUGACUUUUCUUCAGUGACUUUGCUGGGUGGAAUAAAUGUUUCUAUUCACGACAUUACUCACCAUGUGUAGUCCUCAUUAUUAGCAUAGUCUCCAUUACUUUAAGUCUAGACAGUUAGUAAAAAGAAAAAAAAACCCAGCCAACCCUUGAUUGUUGCGUUUGCCAGUUUCCCUGGUAUAAAUGCUCCAACUCUGGGCAGUUUCAAGCUGUUAAUAUGAGGUUGUUACCAAACCAGAGUCAGAGCAAGCCAAGUGAAACCUCUGAGCUUCCCACAGUGAGACCAUGGGUAAUGCUUCCUUUCCUGGUUUCCUGGCAUGUGUGUCGUUGCUGCCAGGGCUGGGCUCUGUGCACUGUAUUCCUUCUCUCCCAGCAGUCCCAUCCCUGCUGCUCUGAGGUCUUGUAAGACAGGGCUCAGGAGUCAGAAAUCUUGAUGUUUGUGUGAAAGAUUCCACCAGCCUUCCCUGUCCGUGGUUGGGUGACUCUGUCCAGCAGCAUGGAACCUCGGUGUCCCAGGCCUUCCACUGUCUUUUGCUGACAGAAUUUGGGGCCUGCUUAUGCCAGGAUGUUCACAUGCUGACCUGGUCACUACUUGAGGAGACCACUGGCUUGUUUCUUUUAAGACCUUCCUUUAAUGUCCUUAUAAUUUUAGAAUGUGUGAUCUCAUGGGAUGGGGCCCACUCCCUUUCCCUGUCUUUCUUCUUUGACUGGCCUCCUCAGGCCCAGGUGGUUGCUCACUUUGAGCAAUAGGAGGGCCCUGGGUGCCUGACAGGGUGGAUGUUUUUCCUGUAGCGUCAAGGGAGGCUGAAAGGAAUGUGGCCCUUGUGUAUGGGGGUGAGGAAAUGGUGAGGUAUCAGAGCUGGGUUCCCAUCACACCAGGCCUGUGUCCUAUAUCCACCAGUGUGUGGUACCAGCAACAGAGUCCAAGAGUUUCUACCUUUACUUUCCUGUUGAUGUUUUUUUUUUUGUUUUGUUUUAUAAGUUUAUUUUAUUUUAUUUAUUUAUUUUUGGCUGUGUUGGGUCUUCGCUGCUGCGUGCGGGCUUUCUCUAGUUGCGGUGAGUGGGGGCUACUCUUCGUUGCAAUGCACAGGCUUCACAUUGUGGUGGCUUCUCAUUGCAGAGCAUGGGCUCUAGGCACGCGGGCUUCAGUAGUUGUGGCAUGCGGGCUCAGUAGUUGUGGCUCACGGGCUCUAGAGCACAGGCUCAGUAGUUGUGGCACAUGGGCUUAGUUGCUCCGCGGCAUGUGGGAUCUUCCCGGACCAGGGAUCGAACCCGUGUCCCCUGCAUUGACAGGCAGGUUCUUAACCACUGCGCCACCAGGGAAGUCCGCUGUUGAUGUUUUGACUCUUCACUUCUGGCUCUGGUUCUCACCCAUUCCCUUCCACUGCUCCCUUUGCAGUGCUGUCAACAUUGACCUGCACUUAAAGUGUUGGGAUAUGUGCAUGUGUCCUUAAAUACUCCUUGUAGCCCAGCUGCUGUGAUGCAUUCAGACAUUCUGGGUCUGGACACAGCCUUCUACUCAUUGCUCACCAGUCACCAGUAGCCAGGCUUUGUUGAAAGGUAAGUUGAAGACCCUUCCUCGUGUUCUUACCCAUCGUCUGUGCUCUGCCAUCAGAUGAGCUUCUCAGGCUCAGCUCUGCACAGCAGGCCUUCCUCACACAGGCUCUGGCCCCACGCAUCUCAGCAGUCUUAAGGACUUACUGCUGGGUGUGUCUGAGACACAUUUCUGCUGGGGCCACGUUUAUUGGCAUCUCUCUCCUUCCAGGUUGUCGACACGGAGCUCAGGAUGAGGAGGCGCUUUCAGAGCAAGGUGAUGCAGUUAUAGAGUCACAGGUCAAGACUCCAAAGCCAGG